UACCCUUCAUUUUCACCACUAAUUACGAACGACUCCACAACCCCAUUCAACUUGAGCUUCACAUAGAAAGAAAAGUACAGCGUUACAGCUAGUUUACAGGUGGGACUGUAACUAGGUUGCUGUUGUUGAUGUUCUCUCUACUCUAAUCACUAUUUGAUUUAAGCUCCAACUUGCACAAACAUGGAGACGCUAAACCUGAAAAGGCUACUAAUAAAACAACCGUAGUAACGGAACCUGAUGUGAAACACCACACCACACGCUCACCCUCUCUCUCUCUCUCUCUCUCCAUUGAUAACCAACCUGAGAAGCUCUGUUUCAGGUAGAUAUACAGCUUCAGGUAGAUAUACUUGUCUCUGAUACGAAACAGAGGAUCUGUUUUGUAGUUAUUGUGAUCCAAUCCAACAGUUCUCUUUUUCUCUCGAUUCAAUCACAAAUCGGUAGAAUCUUUUCUGGUAGUUAUGGCUGAAGUGAACAGUGUAAUCAAGAUUGGUCAAACUGAGUUUUGUAGACAGAAAUACGAAACCCCGUCAAAUGGUUUGUGGAGAUUCUCACCGGAGCAGACGAACCAGGGAGAAACUCAGUUAUUCCUUAGCUCUGAAGAACCGGACCUCAAUCUGGGACUCUCUUUAAACGGACUUUACGCCAGAAGCUCCAAAGAAAAGAAUCUGAUUCGGUCAUCGUCGUCCGUCGCCGGAUUUCUCGCUCAAGACCGAGUUCUCGGAUACUCCACCCACCGGCAAGAAGGUUCUUUCCUUUCUCUCUCAAGAUCUUGCUCGCUUCCGGCGGAGACGAACGAGACGGCGAUCAAGCUCAGGGACUUGCAGACGAUGAGAAGAAUGGCGGCCAAGAAGAGAUUGGUUGAGAAACAGAGAAAUUGUAGGGAAGCCCUUGACGAAGAUAAGCCUCCUCUGGCACCGGCACCAGCGCCGGAGACGGCAGCUUGGGCGGCCGCUUCUGCAGCGAAAAGCGCCGCACUUAGUCGCGCCAUUAGUAAGAUCAAAACUCAGGGAUAUGUAUCCAGUAACUAUCGACAAUUAGAAGGACAUGAAUUCCUAACUUCUGCUAGAGACAGCACUGAGUCCAAUUCGCGACAUGAGCAAAGAUAUGCCGUGGAACCUCCGAUGGUUGCCUCCUCAGAGGAGGUGACCGGAGACAGAAGUGUUGAGUCUUCGGACAAUGAGCCAAAGCAUAGUCCAUUGAAGAAGCUCAAAGUUUCAAAUGGCAUAAAGGCCAUGGACAAUUGGAUGGAUGUGAUGAACAGAAUGCCUAGUGUGACAACCACUGGGGAUGGUCCUAAUGGGAGGAGAAUAGAAGGGUUUUUGUACAAGUACACCAAAGGUCAAGUGAGCAUUGUAUGUGUUUGCCAUGGAAGCUUCCUCUCCCCGGCCGAAUUCGUCAGGCAUGCCGGAGGCAAGGAGGUCGUGAAUCCUAUGAAACAUAUCCAUGUCUGCACUGCGUAUCGCUUGUAGAUCAAACAUCAAUCAGUGGUGGUGGUAGCAUUUUUUUGUCACCCCUUUUAUCAACAAUGUUUUGACUAGCGAUGAGAACUAAGAAGCUCAGCUAUUAAUUUUUUUUUUAGAAUUUAACUAAAUCUUCCUUUUAUGCUUAGGUUAGAAUUAAUAUCUAGAUUUCUGGUGAAUGGAUGAAUCAGCUGUUUGAUCAUGUUCUUACUUUUGGUAGUCCUUCCUCUGAAAAAGAGGUAUCACAAAAGAUAGAGAAAAAAUGUACUAAGUAAAGUCAACAAAUGAUUUAUGCGCAUCUUCUUAUACGACAAGUUUUACAUUGUCGUUUUCUAUGUAUCAUUUUACCUUUUGAAUUGUGACAUCAUUUUAAGAUUAA